CGCUCUAAAAUAUCGAUAGUUAUGUUUACUGGAGGCCCGGGACGGUAGUGGAAAUCUUUGUGGGUUUCUGGAAUGCAAUUGAUGCUGUCUUUUUCACAUGUUUUUGUGAACUUCUGUAUACGAUAAUUCGAGGCUGGUGAUCGUGUGGUUAUAUAUGGGAAUUAGCUGUUGCAAGACUCACGAAGCACUGCGCCAGGACAGUUAUGAUGUUGAUUACGGAAGAAAUGUCUCAACAAGUCAUGGUGGUUCUAGUUACACAGAUGAUCUUGUUAUGGAUGCCCUCCGUGCUCUCAGGAAGCUCGCAGAAAAGUAAGUCCCUACCAGUAUAAUUUCUUUUGGCGUAACGGAAGCAUGCGAAUAGUAAUUUAUCGCAUAAAUUUCCUGAUGAUGAGGUACAAUCAGUAGACUAUAAUAACAUGACGAGGCUGUCAAAUUAAAACUUGACAGAGAACAAAUGUGUUAAAAAUUAAAUUUUUAUUUUUUCGAAUUCCAAGAAUCGAUUAUAAAUAAAUGUUUCCUUUUCACAGCAAUAUGUUUGGCUCUCAAAUAUAGUUUAGCUUGGUAAUCUUUUGAAUUUUUAUCUUGCAUACCAAGGCACAAUUUGUACAAAUUGCCACUGCAACAUUAUUCGUUAAAAGAGAAACAAAACACCUGAAAUUUUUGUUACUUGGAAUUAUGUAAAUCCUUCAAAUAAUUUUUGCCAAAUAAGGGGGUUAAAACUGAUGGUUGCAAAAACAUGUUCUGGUUUCCUAAAAGAAGUUAUUCAAUACCUUAAACAGGCACAGUAUUACCAUUAACAGGUUACUCUGAUAUCCAAUCUGUAAAGUAAUUCUUUAUGUAAAAUUUUCCCUGCUUUCAUAUAAAUUAUAUAUGGCUUUCCUUGUGCUUCAAAAUGAUCGUUGCUAAAAAAGUGCUGGAAAUUAAGAAUGAAAGUACAAAUUAUAGGUUAAAAAAUUUCCAAAACAUUGAUUCAUAGAUAUGAACAUGAACAAGUCCAACAUAAUGUUGAUAUAAAAUAAAUAUUACCCAUGUUAAUGUGCUUGUUUGAAAAGAAACAUUUUAAUCCCAAGAAUAAAAAAGGUCGGCAGAUGCAGUGAUUUUAAUUCUUUAUCAGGAACAAAGAGCAUUCUUAAAUUUCACUGGGUCCUUCAUGUGGUUUUGUUGCUUCUGCAGCUUCAUGUUGUCUUGUUGGUGACAGUACUCAGCCAUUGUCUUUGAGGCACUUCUUUAAUCCAUGUAAAGCCUUAAAUUUUUCAAGCAUAUCUUCCUGUAGUGUCUAAAAUUGCAGUUCAAUUAUGACAAUAAAUUUGUGGCUUUUUAUCUUAUCCACUCCUCAAAAUGUUAUUUCACUUAACUAUCAUUUGAAAUAAUGAUCUUUUACUCACCAAUAGUUUUGAUCCUUCAGUGUUUCUUGUAUGAAAACUUAACAUAUUAUCCUUACUUUUUUAGUAACAUGGAGCCUCCAGAAUGCAUGACAAUUUUACAUUCUCUGGCAGAAGAAGGUAAAUGGAUAUCUCUUUAUAUAACUUUUGAACUUUUUAUAAUGAACUGAAUGUCAUUUCAAGCAUAAGGAAUAUUAUAUUGCUCUUUACUUAACACAGAGGAGGGAUGGCUGAAUGUUGUCAAGUCAUGCAUAUUUGCUAUUCCUCUGGAAGAUUCACUUGGAGCUGCUGUUGUGUGUCUUCUUCUUGAUGAGUGUCCACUUCCUACAAGGGUGAAUGCUUUAUUGAAAAUUUCUCACAAAUGUAAAAUUGCUUGAAAAAACGUGGUGGAAAUAUAAUAUUAAGGUGUUAAUGGAAAUUAAGAUAUUUGUGGUCUGGUUUCAAAUUUUCAUUUUGAUUAAAUUUACAAACUACAACAUAUGAAGUAUCACAAAACUCCUCUUCAUUCCCUUGAAAGUUUGUUGAGGUUAUAUCUAGUAUCUAGAUAGCAUUAUGUUUUGACAGGUUUAUUUUAAGUCAUGUUUCUUGACUAGUGCUUACUAUUUUUAAACAACAUAAACUGUUACAUUAACUACACUUAAAUUCUUGAUUUUUAAUUCAAGGAUGCAAUAAAAACUCUCUCAUCAAAGCUGAACCUGUCCAAGAGCCUGAAAAAGCUUGUGUUCAAUACCGAGAGAGAUCAACGUCAAAAUGAGCUCACAUCUUCUAUUUGCCGUAACUUGGCUGUUGUUUUGGCAUGUCUGGCUGACAAGUUGGCUGGUUUGUUAAUUUGCUUCAAAUUUAAAGAUCUAUUUGGGUUGAUUACUAACUUAAUUGCUCUAACUAAAAGGAUUAUUUGUUUUCAACCUAAGGUCCUCUGAGUAUUGUAUUGUUGACUCAAGGUACACUGGAGUUUCUUUUGAAAAGACUGGUAAGGCAUGGUGAUCCAAUGACAUUACUGUAUUUACCCAUGUAUAAUACGUGCUCAUUUAUAUAAUAAGCUCAGUUAUGCACGCAUUCUGAUUGGUUCUCACUUAUUAUCUAUUGGAGGACAGACGUAUAGAUGACGUCAUCAUUAAAACUUUUUUUAAUUCUUUAUUAUAUAAAACAAAUAGAUUCCAAGUUGCCAACUUGGAAUCUAUUUGUUAAGUAUAAUAUGUACCCUGAUUUUUGACCAAAUUUUUCAUUAAAAAAAGUUUUCACAGCAAAAAAAAAGUUCAUUCUUCCUACAACUGACGUUUUGCAGUGGUAAGUUUUGUUACCAUUUCGAACUUCUUAUCACUUGUGAUUACAGUAAUACAGUACGAUCGUAAGGUUUAUCUCAUCAGCUGUUUCUUAAAUACUCUACUAAAUUUAUUUAUGGAUCAAAAUUGAAAAUGUUUCAUUGGUAAAUUAUUUAACUCAAGCUAAUAAAGACCAAUUACUAUGAGGCUUUCGUUACUUUCUUUGUUGUGUUUGUGGAUCGAAAUUGAAAAUGUUUCAUCGGUAGAUUAUUUAACUCAAGCUAAUAAAGACCAAUUACUACUAGGCUUUUGUUAAUUUCUUUGUUGUGUUUUUAACGUAUGCAAAUUAGGACAUGCUUGAAAAACAAUAGAAACUGUGUAUAAUACGCACUGUGAUUUUGAUGGUUAUUUUUUAUAGAAAAAAAGAUUGUCUAUUUACUAGGCUCUCUUUAAUAGCUGGAUAAUGUCUUCUCAUAUGAGAUUAUAAUUUUGACUCAAUGAAUGCCUGAUUAAUGCAAAUCUAAUGUUAAUGAGUUUUUUCUUUGUCUUUCAUAGACAAUAGCUGAAUAUCCUGGUGUAGUGCUGAAUUCAAUAUUAGCUUUGGAAAAGUUUGCCCAGACAAGUAUUAUUAUUGUUGUAUUAUUUCACUUUGUUAUAUAUAGGUCAUCUUGAUAUAACUUAAGCAAAGAGUCAAUGUUAAUUUGGAAAUUUUUUUCUAAUAAUCAAGGAAAUGACUUAAAGACAUUAAUUGACAUUAAGUCAGUCUUGGAUAAAACUAAUCAAGCAGGAAUACAUCAUAGAAUCUUUUGUGCAUGUCAGAGUAAGCUUUUGUCCCACUAUCUGGUACAGAAAGUUCAUAAUUAAACAUCUCUAACACUUAAAUAUGUAAUCCAUUGGUAAUAUUUACAUUCACUUUAUAUGAUUUAGAUUAUUGUUUUGAUAGUAUUAGUAUAUGCAAAAAGACCAAAUCAUUGUGUGGAAUUAACAGGUGAAAACAAGCUUACAAUAAGAGAUUCUGGUAUCGCGGAGAUGUUAGUAAAUUUGGAGAAGGAAUGGCUUGGAAGCAAAGACUUUGAGAGGCAUCAGGCUGGAUUUUGUUCUCAGUGGCUUCUUGACAAUACAUGUAAGUUUGCUUCAACCACUGGUUUCAAUUUUUCAAAGUUGUAGCUCUCUUAUCCAUUCCAGGGAAGCUUCUGUUGUCAUUCUGAACAAGCAUUUAUAUCCAGUUUUCAAUGGUAGAGCCCUUUCCUCUUCCUCUUCUUUUGAUUAGCAGAACAUCAGUUACUCUGCAAAACUGAUUAUUGCUUAUGUGACCAAAUGAUUUUGCUGUUUUUGUUUGUUUUUCCUUUGUAUGCUUCAUUUUAUUAAUUGUCUGUGUCUUUUCAUAUUUAUCUCCACUUUUAUAGUUUCCUUUAAGGUAAGGCACAGAUAAUAAUGAUAAUAAUAAUAGUAAUACAUUUAUAUAGCAUCUUUUCCCAUUGUUCCAAAAAUGCUUCACAGAAAGGGAAAUUAUAAUUAAAAAUAAUUUUUUGUAAUAAAGUUAAAAAUCAGGGUCAAAGUUACAACUGCAAAGUUUAAGUUCACACUUUCAAGAAAGUUGGGAAGCAAGUCAUACUAAGCUCAUAUUUUCAUAAAAGAAUCAGUGGUUUGAUGGCAUACUGGAGUCUUGCUUUAUCAAUUUGAAGUUGCAGUCACAAAGAUGAGUUGAUCUUUCAUUUAAUACAUAGAAAUAAUUGAUUUCAGUAUCCCUCCCAUCCCAAUAAAUGACUUAUUUCAGUAUCCCUCCCAUCCCAAUAAAUGACUUAUUUCAGUAUCCCUCCCAUCCCAAUAAAUAAUAGAUUUCAGUAUCCCUCCCAUUCAGCUAUCUCAGGCUGGGUUUAAUUUUAAUCACUUUUAAUGGUUUUGUUCACAGAAUCGCCCAUACUCUUAUGAAACAGCUGAUGUUAGUGGUAUCAAUGUUAUGCUUAAUAACAAUGAUGUGAGCGAUUAUUUAAAAAUAUCCCCUACAGGACUGGAGGUAAGAUAUUGUUCGAUUGGUCACCUCUAAAUGUUUUUCAUCAGUGAGAUGUUUACUGUGGUGAAUAGUUUAACUGGUUGCCUGUGUUUUGGUAAUGAAGAGUAGAAGACUCAGUGCAAGUUGUGAAUGUCUUGACGUGAUCAGCUGAUGCAGAUACUAGACCUGACAUUGAGUAAUGCGUUUGAUUGACAAAUCUGAAACAAACUUGUCUAUGUAGUUGCUAUUGUUUCAUAAAUCUUGUGUUUUAUCUAAAGAAAAAAUAAUCUAUUUUAAAUCAUUGUUUCAGGCAAGGUGUGAUGCAUCUUCUUUUGAAAGUGUGCGGUGUACAUUUUGUGCCUCAACUGGUCAGUUUCUUUUCAUGUCAAAAAUCAGAUUAAACCUUAUUAAGAGUCUUUUGACAAUGAUAGUUAUGAUGAUUAUAGUAGUAAGAAUAAUGAAGAGAAUAUUCCAAUUGUAUUACAUUUACCAAGUGCACAUGUUCAUAAGCAUAUUAAUGGAGCAUGUGAUUUACCUACAGCUGUAGAUGUAUAACUAUAACAGGGUCAAUAACUAGGAAUACACUUACAACAAAAAAUUACCUAAACCAGAACUUAAAGAUUUAAAGUAAAUGUCUCUUACAAGCUUCCUUGAAUGUAUUGAGACUCCCAGUAGAAAUUAGAUGUUGCAGUAGAAAAUUCUAAAGGCCUGGAGCUGCUGACCUGAAUAUUCCUUUCCCUAAUAAUGCCAGUCCUAUCUAAAAGAGAAGAACCUCUUUGUGUGUGUUUGUUAGAGUGAUAAUCAGAGUGAAGCCAGGGUAUAGUUUUCGAUUGGUCGGCACCCUCUUUGUUUCACUGAUUUAUAACUGUGCCUCAGUUGAAAGGCACAAAAUCAAAUAGGUUCAAAUUGGAAUUUAGUGUUCUCUGUUCUCUCAUUCAGCAGUUAAUUCAUCAAGAUGUAGGACAUUUAGACUUACACUGAUUGAAAAAAUUUCUUCAUGUAAUAAUCAUUUCGCGAAAAGUUUUGAAUAAAUUCAAUAAUCUCAAAUGAAAUUUAAAGGUGCACUGCAUCUCUUUAACUCGCAACCAAGUCAGUGCAAGGUCUUACUAAUAGUUUUCAUCAAGUCAAAAAUUAAUAUUUGGUUUAAUUGACAUGUUGUUAUGUUCAGGUGUGUGGUAUUAUGAAGUGACUCUUCUCACAGCUGGAGUGAUGCAGAUUGGCUGGGCUACUAAGGACAGCAAGUUUCUUAAUCAUGUAAGUUUAGAGUGAAGCCCCCUUUCACUUUACUGAUGUCAUAUUCUUUGUGCUCCAUUGUGCCUUAGGUAAUAAUUCUCUGAUCUGUUGGUGUUCCUCAUUGAUAAUUUUUUCUAGGAAUUGCUUUUUAGACUUUUAAGACUUACUCUGGAGCUCAAAAAACAGUUGAAACUAAUAAUAAAAUUUAUGGAAUCUUAUUGUGUUCUAAUUAUAAAGUCAAUCAGCUUAAGACAAUCAAACUACAAACAUCAAAGGUAAUUAGUUUGUGGUGUUGAGAUUAGAUAGGCAUAUAUGUUGACUCAGGUAAUUUAGUGUUAACAAGUGGGUUGAAAACAUUAAUUAGCCACCGUAAAGGGUAAAAAAGCUGACGUUUUGAGCGUUAGCCCUUCACUCGAAACGUCAGCUUUUUUACCCUUUACGGUGGCUAAUUUACGUUUUCAACCCAGUUGUUAACACUAAAUUACCUGCUAUACUCUCCCACCGACGCAGCACCACAGUUUCUUUAGAAACUUACCCCUUUAUAUAUGUUGACUGGUCAGUUCACAGUUGACUUGCUAUUGUUUUAUACUGUACACUGACUAUGAAUGGCUGUUUAUGAACACUUUUUCCAGGAAGGAUAUGGCAUUGGUGAUGAUGAGUUUUCUUAUGCCUAUGAUGGCUGCCGACAGUUGAUAUGGCAUGGAGCCAGGAGUACCCCCCAUCACCACCCCCCUUGGGUACCAGGUCAGUUGGUCACCUGAUCAUACCAUUUUAAUCCCCAAUGUCACAAAUCAUAUUGUCAUAUACAUUAUCAAAUUUAUCACGAUAUGUUUUUUGUAGGUGAUGUUCUCGGCCUUCUUAUCGAUUUAGAGCGUGGUAAAGUGGCAUUUUCCAUGAACGGUGAUACAAUUAUAAGAGACUUUAAGGCAGCACUUUCAGGGUAAGCUCUAUGUAGAAAGAUGUAAGAAGGUAAUCUUGGUUUCAUACGUGCUGAAGUGUAGAUAAGGACCAGUACAGAUGAUAUGACUUGACUUCAGUUGGCAUGAGAUCACAGUCCUCCCAUACGGUCGUGAGGGGAAAUCUACACAGGGAUCACAAUUACAAUGGUGCCACUUUUCAGACCAAUUUUCCCAGUUUGAGUACAGUUCAGAAACGUUUAAUUCAAACUGUAGAAAUCGUUUCUCAAGCCUUUGUUUUUAUUUUAGGGCUGGAUUCUUUGCUGCGGCAAGUUUUAUGUCUUUUCAACACUGUAUAUUUAAUUUUGGAGCUAAACCCUUCAUGUAAGUAUGUUUUCAGUGCUAAAGGGAUGUAUGGAAAACAAGUAUUUGACCACCAGUUAGUGGAUAGAGAUAAUUUUACAAUGAGUAUUAGUCUGCAGUUAUUUCUUUACCAACGCACAGUUACUAUACAGUGGAAUAUUGAUUUGCCCUAGCGCUAAGAGACUGAGAUCGUCCUUUGUCGGAGAAUAUUUUGAUACUACUGGUCGAGGAAAAUUAACCGUUCGUUUUAAAGAGGUUUUCGCAACGAGUUUUACCCUGACAUCGAGGACCUCUCUUUGUGUAGCUAAAGAAGCAUCCCUGCUGCUUUACUUGUAGCCUCAAAUGUUCUUUGUGCAGCAAUAAAAACCCCUUGAAUUUAAGGGCAAGAGUUUUAUUUCAUCCAUGGUCAGCUUGAAAACUUCUACUGAUUGCUUUCUUUUCAGAGUCUUUUAAUCGCAGCUAAAUUAGUCUUUCAGUCUACUCCUAUCUUGAGAAAUGCUUUUGUCUGUUACCGCCUUGUGUUCAAUUUCACACGAUACUUCAACUUAUUUUACUCAACGUUCCUUUUACUCGACUCAUGAAUUAUUGCAGGUUUCCUCCCAACGUCCCUUUCGACAAUUUCAACGAUCAUGCAAACAUGUCUUCCGAGGACAAAAUAGUCUUACCCAGGUAGGACAGAUGAAAUUUUCAGUGAGAGCAAUCUCUUAUUGAGUUUGAUUUAUUUCAGAUUAUUAUUUGGAAUGACACCUCGCACUCCAAUGUUGUUAGCUUAUGAUCUUGGUCGUAACAAUAAGAUUUCACUUGACUCUGAUGAUGACUUCCGCUCAGGUUGUCGAAACGUCAGUUACCACUACCGACAACAGUCCUUUAACCGGCUGUGGGUGUGUAAGAGUCUAACAUUAUUCAAAACUCUUCUCUAGGCACCUGAAAUUAGCUGCUAUCCGCCAAGAGAGUAUAUCCAAUGAUCCUUGUAAAAUAUGUUAUGAGAAUUCUGCUGAUACAAGACUGGAACCAUGCAACCACAGGCAAGUCGAAAAAUUAGCUACAACCAAUUAAAUUAUUUAACCCUUCCAUUCUUGAGGUGCCUUUCGUGUUUCGAAUUUCAGACUUCACUUGAAACCUCUCGAAAUAGCUGAUUAAAAUCUUUGUACUUAACUUGAUCCUCGUUUUAAGGUACGUUUUACUUAUAGGGACGUUUGUAUGAGGUGCGCUGUACAACUCCAACACUGCCCUAUGUGCAGAAUGCACAUUCAAGAUAGGGUUUUGGAAGACCACAGUAUGCCACCCUCGCCACAGGACACCAGCUGA